AUGUCCUUGUCUUUGAACCUAAAUCAGAUAGCCGUGCGGGUUGUGGGCAUAUUGCCUCGUAUUCCGGAGAUUCACAUUGCCAUUCCUAAUAUUUUUCAGCGACGCACCGAAGCUUCUACAGAGACUCACGAUCCUCGCAUACUAGAGCUGAUAGAAAAUCUACAGGAUGCCGAGGUUCCUCCAUUCUUCAUUGAUAACGGUAUACUUAAAGCAGCACCAAAAAAGAAGGUUUCUCAUAUGAAAAGACGCCAGAAAUUAUAUGGUCCAGGAAAAAAACAACUCUCUUUACUACAAAAUUUGAACAGGUGUCCUGCCUGCGGAAACUACAAACGAUCACACACCCUCUGCAUGCAUUGCGUAGGACAAAUCAGGAGACAUUGGAACGACUCUGUUCCUCAACAGGAGGCAUUUCGUGAAGAGUUUGUUAAUCCUUUGGAUGAGAAGAUUCUUUAUCCAGGAAAGAAAGAACUGCCCGAUGAACGAACUUUACGUAAGAAGGAGUGGCUGAAGAGAAGACCCCGAACACUCCCUGUUGAAUAG